GUCAGGCUCCCGCGGCCCGAGCGGCUGCUCGGCCCGGCGCGCGGCAGUCGGCUCGAGUACUCCCGGUAAGGAGGAGGUGUCCUCGGCCGUCCCGCCUCCGCUGCUGUCGCCGGGCUGCGCCGCUAGCCCGGACGCGCCUCCGCGCCCCCCGCCGCCUCCACCCCAGCGGCCGCAGCUCCCCUCGCCGUCCGCGCGCACACCAUGACGAAGAAGGAGAAGAAGUCCCUCAACCAAAGCCUGACCGACUGGAAGCUCUUCCUCUACAACCCGACCACCAAAGAGUUCCUGGGGCGCACCGCCAAGAGCUGGGGUUUGAUCUUGCUCUUCUACCUAGUUUUUUAUGGGUUCCUGGCUGCACUCUUCUCAUUCACGAUGUGGGUCAUGCUUCAGACUCUGAAUGAUGAGAUCCCAAAAUACCGUGACCAGAUUCCUAGUCCAGGACUUAUGGUUUUUCCAAAACCACAGACUGCACUGGACUAUACAUUCAGUACAAAGGAUCCAACUACCUAUGAAGCGUACGUCCGAGACCUUAAGAAUUUUCUAAAACCAUAUACUUUAGAAGAACAGAAGAAUCUCUCAGUAUGUAAUAAAGGAGGACUUUUUGAACAGAACGGUCCGGAUUAUGUUGCGUGUCAGUUUCCUGUUUCCUUACUUGAUGAAUGCAGUGGUGCCAAUGAUCCUGUUUUUGGCUAUUCUCAAGGAAAUCCUUGUAUUCUUGUGAAAAUGAACAGAAUAAUUGGAUUAAAGCCUGAAGGAGAACCAAGGAUAGAUUGUGCUUCUAAGGACACAAGCAUAGCAUCUGUAACAACUUAUCCUCCAAAUGGAGUUAUAGACUUAAAAUAUUUUCCAUAUUAUGGAAAAAAACUGCAUGUGGGGUAUCUACAGCCGUUAGUUGCUGUUCAGCUCCGCUUUGUGCCUGAAAGUGCUGGGAAAGAAGUAACAGUUGAGUGCAGGAUUGAUGGAUCACCCAACCUAAAAAGUCAGGAUGACCGCGACAAGUUUCUGGGACGAGUUGUAUUCAAAUUCACCAUGCGUGCAUAGUAGUAAUAGGAUAUUUCCACAGAGUAAAUGUAUUGUCUGUCUUCAUUUUGUUGUAUCAGUUGGACCUACCAUUCUAGAAUCAUGAGACCACCUUGGAGAAAGGUGGUGUGGUUCAUGGCACUGGGGUGACAUUAUAGCGUGCUUCCAGGUCAUAGUGUUCAGUGUCCUCUCAAGUUGAACUGCCUGUUGCCUCUGCUGCCCCCACCCAGUGUACAGUCACCAGAUAGGGACCAGUGAACACCUGAUUCCGAGCCUGUAGGAUGUGGGCCUCAUCCUCUUUUUACGUGGUUUAAUUGCCAAGUGUCUAAAGCUUAAUGUGCUGUGCUAUGUAAAUAUUUUAUGGAUUUAACACUGGUUAACUGUCAUAUUUUGAUGCCAACAAAGUUUUAGGAAUAAAAUGGUACCUGGCCGAUAUCGAGUGACUUUAUAGCUUCAAGAAAUGUGGUGUGUGGGGAAGUUCUGUAUGUGAGGAGGAAGAAAGAGAAAAUAAAAGUGGAUUUGAAA